AUGGUGAUCAGCUUCGACUCGCAUUCGUUGACGCUUUUUGUGCUCUUCAGCGUCCUCUGGUCUCAGGGAUCAGCGGUGAGCAGCGACCCUAGUUCAAGACUGGGAGAUGUAGUUGGCUUUGAUGGACAGAGUGAGGAGGACCGGCCACAGUUACCAUUGGAAAUCGACAAUGAUAUUUACCAAAGCCCUAUAGUGGACAGUGAAAAGCUCUAUUACCAGCUGUCCGCAAACCUCCCAAGAACAACGCGCCACACUGAUGGUCUCUUCACGAGCGAGUACAGCAAGAUGCUGGGCCAGUUGUCUGCCAGGAAAUACCUGGAAUCCCUGAUCGGGAAGAGAGUCAGUGCCCAAGAUGAUGAUGUUCCUUCCAAACGCCACACUGAUUCGAUCUUCACCGACAACUUUAGCCGUAUCCGGAAAAAGAUGGCAGUGAAGAAAUACUUGGAAAGUCUCAUGAAUGUCAGGAGAAGGUAA